UAUUACGUCGCGCCAAAAUUUGGGCAAAAUUCUCCGCUGUCAACAAAACACGCCAUAAAGUAUAUUUAAUCGUUGCUAACAGUGUCGGAAUCUGCCGCCGGCUGAAGCGAGCUGUGCGGCUUAAACAUGGCGGUGCCUUUCGUCCAGGACUGGGAUCUGGUUCAGACUCUGGGCGAAGGAGCUUAUGGAGAAGUGAGGUUGUUGGUGAACAAACACACUGAGGAGGCUGUAGCUGUCAAGGUGAUCGACACGUCUCAGUCCAAUGAAUGUGCUGAAAAUGUCAAGAAGGAGAUCUGCAUCCAUAAGAUGCUCAACCACGCCAACAUUGUCCGGUUCUUUGGGCACCGGAAGGAAGAGUUGACUAUGUACCUUUUCCUGGAGUACUGUACCGGAGGAGAGCUGUUCGACCGAAUCGAACCUGAUGUGGGAAUGAUGGAGAAAGAUGCUCACAGAUUUUUCCAGCAGCUCAUAGCAUCUGUGGAGUACCUCCACAGUAUUGGAAUCACCCACAGAGACAUCAAACCUGAGAACAUCCUGCUGGAUGACAAAGAUAACCUGAAGCUGUCAGAUUUUGGCCUGGCGACCAUGUUUCGUUUCAAAGGACGAGAGCGUCUUCUGAAUCGUCUCUGUGGAACGCUUCCUUAUGUUGCACCGGAGCUUCUCAGCCACACAGAAUACAGCGCCCAGCCUGCCGACGUCUGGGCCUGUGGGAUCGUCCUCACCGCCAUGCUGGCCGGAGAAUUGCCGUGGGAUCAGCCCACCGAGAGUUGUCAAGAGUAUUCGGAUUGGCUCCAAAAGAAAACCUACCUUUCACCUUGGAAGAAAAUCCAACCGAUGCCUUUAAGUUUGUUAUCCAAGUUACUGCUGGUCAGUCCGGAGAGACGCGUCACCAUCUCAGAUAUAAAAAAAGACCACUGGUUUAUUCAAGGUGUAAAGCAUCCAUCAGAUUCCAGAGGUUCUGCGGGGAACAAAGUGUUCCGAUCAGAUUUUGGGCUGAUUUCACGAGGCAAGAGUGAUGAGAAGAUAGAGCUCUCCAGCUCUCAGCCGGAUCCUACUGAAGGCAGCUGCACGUGGGAGGCCAUGCUGCUCAUUGGUCAAACUGAUGGCCAAGUCUGCUUCUCCCAGCCCACCAGACCCGAGCACAUGCUGUUGGGUAGUCAGCUAGCUGGCACGCCGGGAGCCAGUCAGACGCCCUGGCAAAGGUUAGUGCGGAGAAUGACGCGGUUCUUCACCACCGUGGACGCCGACGCUUCCCUGUCUUCCCUGAAAGACGCCUGUGAUGGGCUAGCGCUUGGGUUCAAACUCACGUGCACCAAAGAGGUGACUGUAAGCACACUGGACAAACGCAACAACAAGCUCAUCUUCAAAGUUCAUCUGCUGGACAUGAAUCAAAGAGUUCUGCUGGACUUCAGAUUGUCUAAGGGUGACGGUCUGGAGUUUAAGCGUUUGUUCCUGAGGGUCAAACGCAAGCUGGGUGACAUCAUCAGCACUCAGAAGAUUUUAAUGCCAGUCACAUGACGCCUCAAACGUAGAAUGUUUUGCAUGUUUAUGCUGUUAUAAAUGUUGUGCACUUCUUAUCUUGAAGCAUUUGUGAAUUGUUGUGUUUGUGAGGUGCAGUUAUGUGUAAAUUUUUGACAUAACUGA